GCCAUUGUACUGUGCAUGUGUGUCAUGCUAACCUAUUGACAAUAUGCGUAAUAUACAUGUAUGUGGUUUAGUGCUUUCAGUGUGUGCUCUUUUUAAAAGCAACUUCAUACAGGGAAACCACAUGUCCACAUGCUUUGUAGUUCUGUAGCACAGUAUCAAUUGCACACUUUCCUGUGUUAUGUUACACAUGUAUCACUCUAUGAGCUUGUACUGACACGACUGAACAUUACGCGGGCUCGGUGCCAUUUGUCCACCAUUGAUUCAUGACUCGAUGCGAUUGGUUGCCUGACACGUUACAUACAUGUACUUACUGAGGAUGUAUUGGAUCAUGAUCAUCAUCAUGGGUCAAGCUCGUUGCCAUGUGAACAUGUGUCCACCUUUUAUGACUCAGUGCUGAUGGCUAUAGGCUGCCUUGCACAUUACAUGUAUCAGUGACUUAGUAUUACUGAAGAUUACAUGUGUUGGAUCUUGAUCAUCAUGACAUGGGUCAAGCUGUGACAGUAUUUCCAUGGAUUUGAAAGCCUGCCGUUAUUUGGAAUAGACCUUUGUGUGAUCUUUGUACUAUUGCCAACAGUGGAGUGUGGAUUAUACGAUACAACUACAUUCCGGAAAGCAAGGAAUUGUUGCAGCCGCAAUUGCAUGUAGCUCAAACCAUGCCCAGUCACAGUGUUGCCUUCAUUCGUACUAAUCCUACCGAUUUGAAGCUGUGUGAUAAUUCUGCAUGCAGUUUGAGUUUAUUUUUUGUUGAGCAACUUUUGCCCUGAACUUGGACAUGUUGGAUUGUGAAACAGUUAUACAGUAUCUAUGAAAUCGUAGAGGUCGCUACAUUAUUCGCACAACUUUUCAGCUAACUGUAGAUUAUGGAUAUUGCAACUGUUGAUGGAUGUCCAACCAUGUUUAGCUUCAUGUUUCCACUCGCCACAAAGGAUUUUCAAAGGGGGAGAUGACCACUGCUCCACGAGAAGUCCAGGACGGAACUAGAAGUGGAGUCCAUAUUUCCCAGUGAGAACCUGAAAUGGCCAAUGUAUGAUAGAGUGGUUGCAGGAGUUGCAGAAGACAGUGGUCAACGGCUCAGAAGAAGUCCUGCAAUGUUUUAUCUCCUUGACCAUCCAGUUUAACCCCUUGAAUUCAGUAUGGCCUUAACGCACACUCUUGUAGCAGUUGAUGGUGACGGUCAAGACCGUGUCUGUGGUUAUGUGGUCAGUUCACCGAAAGAUGAGCAGAAAGAAGAAUAUCUUUUGGCAGUUCCAGAUGAUCCAAGGUUCUUGGACCAGCUGAACUCGACUCUGCCUCCCCAGACGGGGACGGACCAUCUAUCUGUCCACAACAUGCCCAGCUCCACGGGAUACCCAUCGGCCACGGAACCUGCUACCUCCCCUCCUCCCCAGUCCUUCUCUCCUCCUCCAAACAAUCUACAGCUACCCUCAAAUGUGGAGUAUCCUGGCCCUUAUGAUUUCCAGAUCAAUCUCGGUCAACCCACAUCCCAGGCAGCGAAAAGUGUGUCGUGGACUUACAGCCCAACUCUCAAGAAGUUAUUCGUGGACAGGGACAAACCCUGUCCAAUCCAAUUCAAGACCACCGCGGCGCCUCCUGCUAACUGCUACAUCAGAGUUCUACCCAUUUUCAAGCAGGCUGAGAACCUAGCUGAAGUGGUCUCGCGGUGCCCUAAUCAUGUCGGUCCACCCGAUGAAAAUUCUUCAAACCAUUUGGUUCUAUGUAGCGACCCUAACACAAUGUACUUCACUGAUCAACAGAGUUCACGGUACAGCCUUUUAGUCCCUUAUACUGUUCCCCAGGUUGGUACGGAAUUCUCAAAGUACCUGUUCACCUUUAAAUGCUUUAUCUCGUGCGUCGGUGGCCUGAACAGGAGGAAGAUUCAACUCGUCUUCACCCUAGAAUCAGAUACGGGGAGUAUAUUGGGCCGACAGAUUUUGGACGUGAGGGUGUGCGCCUGUCCUGGUAGGGAUCGGAAGUCAGAGGAGAAAUCCUUCGAGAAGAAUAAAGCGCCCCAAAAGAAACCCCUAAAGAGAGGUCCCAGCAAGGUCACUUCGGUAGUGGGCGUGACGUCCUUCUCCAAAAAGGCAAAAAAGGAUGAAGAAACCUUUCUCAUUGAGGUCCAAGGUAGAGAGAAGUACGAGAUCUUGAUGAAGAUCAAGGAGAGCUUGGACCUAAUGGAACUGGUUGCUCCAAAUCAGAUAAAUCAGUACAGACAACAACAGACUCAGCAGCAGAUGAAAUUGAACAACCAUCUGCCUAAUGGUGUACCAAACCUACCACGGGUCAGCUCCUUCCAGUCCACACCGCCAGCGUCCACCUCCCAGGCGACCACCUUCAACACCGCCCUCGCUGUCAACAACACCCCUCCGCCCACCAAUCACGCGUCCCCUCCGCUGCUGAAUCACACCAACUCAUACCCCCAGCAGCAGCAGCAACAGGCCAUUCAACAACCGUUCAGAAACCUCGAACCUUAUCCUCCAUCCACCUCCACGGGACUUGCACGCAGGGACACCAUGCCAUGCAAAGAUGAAGCUGAUGGACCUAACGCAAUGGAUGUUGAUGCCAUACCUUGUAGUCAAGGGUUCCCUGUUACCAGGAACUUGGAUCUGACUCCGCCCACUUGCCAAGCGCAACAGAACAUUAGCCCAAAUCAAGAUCCCUCUAUUUAUAGCUUCCUGAAGAGACUUGGUAUGAAGCAGCAUACAGAUAUCUUCAACCAGAAAGGCGUUCAUACUGUCGACCAACUGGAUGAGAUUAAUAUGGAGGACUUGUCAAGCAUACCCCAUCAGCAACGAGAAUCUCUCUGGAAGGCUAUUCUUGACAUCAAGAGCGGGCUGCAGCUGAGUCACACUCAGACAAUGAACAGAGGAAGCAGCUGUGCCUCCACGAUGAGCAUUCAUUCAAGCGGAGGGUCGGCCGGUGGAAACCAGGUUUAUCGCGCCACUCGCUUUACCUUGAAACAAACUCUAUCAUUCAAAGUAGAGAAAGACGAUGACUAAGUUCUUGAAGGCUGUCUUGGAAGGUUGUUCUUGAGGCGUGUGAUGGCCGCAGAUGUACCCCUUCAGAAUGCUGUUUAUGCUGGUGGAAGCAUGAAGAAUGGCAGAGCUCGAGAAUGUGAUGAGUUCCAAAAUAGCAAGACUGUCAGAGAAGGUCAUUCUCAAGUUUGCUGGAUAGCAGGAGAUAAUGUCACCUUCACGGGAGUAGGUGAGAUGGUGAUCUGUAUGAAAGAGUCCAAUAUUUUUCACCAGCUUUUGUUUGAUGAUGAAGAAUGGGCACACUGCCGUGGCACUGACAUGACUUUGUUCAAACCGUAGGACAUAAAGUGAUACAAAGAAAGAUUAUGGUAGCACGAUUGUAAAACGUUAGUGCCUGCAAAUGUUGGUGGCCAUGGUUUGUGUGAUAGAGGCUAUUGUUCAAGAAGUGACUGAAUGUUGAACUUAAACUCGGCAUAAAUUUGGGAGAUAGUGCUCGAGAUACUGAACAGCUGCAUGCCAUGCCACGGAUGCAGCUGUUGACUGUACAGAAUUCAUUUAGAAUGUUCUACCCAAAGGAGCUGAUGAGCCGUACAAUUUCCACUCGGACAUAUCUCAUCCAAGUCAACAUGACAUGUGAAUCAACUCUGCUGAGAGUGACUGGAAUCCAAGAUGGGAGAGGAUCAAGAACAGGAGAUACAGUGGCUUUCAAGAUGUGGCACAGCUUGGUCAAUACAAAUCUAAAAGACACUCUAAUCUCUACUGAGUGAACUUCAGAACAGUGCCUAGCUUCAGCUCCUUUCUCAGUCACAAUCUGUGUUGCCAAGGAUCCCUUCCAGGAUGUCACUGUGAAGUUUCCUCGGUGGAGGAUGUUGUGGUUCUAGAUCCAGAGAGGCUGAUGAGACGAUGAUGGCCUUGAAACAUUCGUCCCGAGACGCCUGUCCAGCGAGGGUGCAUGGAAGGGGAUUUAUAUCCAGGUGGUGGCCAGGAGUCUGCAUCUGCAAGUUCUUGUGAAACAUUGCUCAAGUUCAGGACCAGAGACUCUUUUGAUCCUUCUUAUCUAUCAGGAAACCUAUCGUUCAAUUGCAAGAAGGAACAGUUAUAUUAUUAGCGUUCAGUUGCAAGAAGGAACUCUGAUCCAAACCUAGCGUUCGGUUGGAAGAAGAAACUCUGAUCCAAACCCAGCGUUCCUUUGGAAGAAGGAACUCUGAUCCACAUCUAGCAUUCAGUUGCAAGAAGGAACAGUUGUAUCAUUAGAGUGGAUAUUUUUUUUGUUGAUGACAUCAGAGGCGUGCUCAAAUGAAAAAUUCAUUUGAGAGUACAUAUAAUCAUCAGUAUGUCACUGAGAUUACACCCUUAACAUGCGACACCAGUUGAAAGAGGACAGGGUUGUUUCGAAUGUAUUCUUUAGAUUGUAUUUCUUGGAAGUUAUAUCUUCUGAAGUGAUUGUGCAGCACACUGCCGCUGUGUCGAGUCGAAAGUGUUGACUAGUUUACGGUCUUGCAUUUCAAAAGAGAGCAUUUUAUAUCUGAGCGGAAUGAUGCCGUCAUGAAGCGUACCAUGUGUGUGAGGAAAGCAUCGUUGACUUGCUAGGCUGUGGUGUAUAUUAGUUAUGGGUUGUUUUUUUCUAUUGAUAAGACUAAUGUUCAUGUCCGCUCUGAUCACAGUUUAAUGUCAGAAGAGUUUCCAACAAUUUAGAAAGUUGCACUCAAUGUGCUUUUCUGUAAUUCAAAAAUUAUUGAAAAUUAACAAAGAGAACAGAACAUUGACAGAAUGAGAUCAAUUAAAAUUAUAGUGAAAUUUGACAAACAGUAAGAAAAUAUUUGACCUAUGUAAGGUAGACUUUUUCAGGGUCGACUACAUGUAUGAAAAUAAUAACAGUAUCAUGUUAAGCAGGGCCCACUGGGAGAACAGUUUUCAGAACUUAAGUGGCUACCCUGGGUAAAAUAUGAAAUUAUUAUUAUUAUUAAAAUAAAGAGCAACUUGCUUUCAUAAUGAUGUCAAAUUCCACACAUUAACGGAAUGACUAACUUCAACCCUGGAUUUAACACUAAACCUAACCUAAAACCCUAUUCCAACCCUAUUCUAAUCCUAACCCUACAUCUUAGAUGAAAUAAAGCCUGGAGUAAAUGUGUCACCGUAUUUUUAGCAAAUCAUAAUCAAGAAAAGUAAGGGAUUGAAAGCUUAUAAUUGAGUAAUGUAAAUGUCCUGUGAUUUUCAAAAACAUUAGGCUUAGAGACUUGUUUGUAUUGUUUUAAAAUGGUUUUCUUCCUUGUUCUUUAGGAAAAUAAUCUGAAAUUAUUGUUGCUGAAAUUACAAAUGUUAAAGUUUUUAUGAAAUGCUGCACUGGUGCAUGAUAAAGGGAAAGACACUCAUAAAGAAAUUGAGGUACACUGAUUUCAAAAUAUUUGAUCUUAGUAAUAGCUACCUGCAUGGCUUUUUACAUUGUGAGCAGAUCUUUGGGGUAAUUCUGCACCGCUUCCAAUUAUGAAUCUAUACACCAGAUUUUUACUUUUUUACCACCCGAGUAUGAUCAGAUUUUCGAACAGAAAAUGACAGGUGGAAGUUGAAUAUUCAUAUCAAAUGCUUUGUUCAUCUAUUUCUCAUACCAGGGGGGUGUUUCACAAAGAUUUAAGUAUGACUUGGAGUCGCACUUAAAUACCAAGUUGCCUACGGUAUGAAAGGCUUGACCGCAUUGGUCAGAUCGUGUCAUGAGGACGCGCACUACUGCAUGUCUAUCGAUAAGAUCGCGCGUUCCAUAUCAUGUACGUGUAGGCAUUUAAGUGCGACUUAAGUCAUACUAAAAUCUUUGUGAAACACCCCCCUGAUUGUGGUCCAUAUGCAAAUCCAGGGGAGGGGUGCUUGUCCAGGAUAUUUUUUUUUGGGGGGGGUACUCGUCAACAUUUUUUUGAAAGAAUGUGCCCCCUUUUGGAUAAAUUCUGGAUCUGCCCCCUUUGUUUAAGUGACUGGUUCAGUGAAACCGGCCCAUUGUUAUUCAGAACACUGAUUACAUAAUUUGUUGGCAUCUUAAGGCCACCACACACCUUAGGACUGGUCCACGAUCCGAUUUUGGAACAAAUCGCAUUUUGCUCAUUUUCUGAAAAUGUGAAUGAAGUUCUCUUUAUUUGAGGUUCAAAUUAACUGAAAGAAUACUAGCAAAAUAAUUUUGGAAAAUUGCAAGCCUUUACUUCGGAGUAAAGGCCAAAUUACUUUAAAAUCGUACCAUUGCUAUGACGUCAUUACGACAAGAUGAUAGCAUAGUCACAAAAUUGAACAUAGAUAUGCAUAUGGUGAAUUAGAACAUUGGAUAGUACAUUCCAUUUCUAAAAAAUCAGCAUCGAAUUCUCCUAGGUUUUAUUCCCAAAUCGGUUUGCGGACCAGUCGAAAGGUGUGCGGUGGCCUUAAUAAUCAUCCUUUUGUUGAGUUAUCUUGUUUCAAAGCGGUACUGUAAAUAGAGUAUAUUUGUAUAUAUAUUUGAUCGCAAUCAUUUUAUACAACAUCCAUGUGACCCUAAAACAGGUAUUAUUGAUGAAAAUAAAGCAAGAAGUGUUGUGUUAAACACAA